UGAACUGACAACUUUGACUGUUUUUUAUAUACAUUGGCUGUCAAUGGGAACAAAAGCCGCCGGCCGACAAAACCACCGAGUAAAGGCUCAAUCCGGAGAGCACUAUCAUUAUUCUUAGCUAAUUACCGAUCACUGUAUCUCUCUCUCUCUCUCCGUGUAAAAUCUGAGACUUACAGAAUUUUCUGAGAACAACGGAAUAAUGGGAAUCCCAUCGGAAAUGAGGGACAUAUGGGCGAAGAAAAGACAAAGCUUAUUAAUUGCUUCUCCUGUUGAAGCCGAGAAGAUCCUCAAAGCCAGACACUGCACAAAUGAAGGUGUUCGUGCUGGUUUCAAGGCAGCUUCCAUUGCAUGUGUUGUCAGCGCUGUGCCUACAUUGGUUGCAGUUCGUGUGAUUCCUUGGGCAAAGGCAAACCUCAAUUAUACUGCUCAGGCACUCAUUAUAUCUGGUGCAUCAGUUGCAGCGUACUUCAUCACUGCCGACAAAACAAUAUUAGAGUGUGCAAGAAGAAAUUCCCAGCUUGAAGACGCCUUGAGACACCAGAGAUGAUGCAGUCCAACUCUCCCAAGUUUUAGUUGUACGUCCACGACUAAAUGUUUUGUAUUGGCACAUCAUGCUGCAGUCAAGUGGGUUUCUCUCAGUUUUCUCAGCUGGACGGGGGUUGUUUACUCCUUUGAAAUGGCUUUCUGUGACUCGUACUGUACGAUUCGAUAUGGAACUACUGACGAUUUUUAUUUAAUUCCAAGAGUUGUAAAAUGGCACCCAACUUGGCAUCGAGCACUGUAUUUCCUCAUCUAUAGUGAACCAUUUCUUUGUCCAUUGUCAAGAAAAAAACAUGGCAUGAUAUUGUUAAA